UGUCAUGUAUUCAGUAUUGAGUUCGCAUAAAUAUUUUGAUCGGCAAGUACGCUCGUAUCUUCAGUAAAACCGUGAUAUUUAUUUACUGAUCAUUUUUAAUAGCGACUUUGUUGUGUUCGUUGACUCAUGAUGUGAUUAUAACUAAAGCAAUGUUACUAUUUAAAACAUGGUUCAAUCAUAAUAUAUGUUGAAUCGUGAGAAAAUAAUCGCUUCAUCAAUUUAUUAUUGACGAUACCAAGAACACAAAAUGCCGUCAGCCGAGAAGAAGAGCGCUAUCUUGAUGACCUGCGGGUCAUUUCUAGUUGUUGGUGGAGCUGUCAUGGUUGUCUUCUGGCCGACAAUAUUCUUUGCACAGUUAAAAAGUAUGAUGACGUUGACACCGACCUCGACAUCGUUCGAGAUAUGGCGGGAUGUGCCGAUACCAAUGUACCUAGAAUGUUUUAUGUUCAACGUCACCAAUGUGGAUGAUAUAUUGGCUGGAAAAAACGUCACGUUGGAAGUUGAAGAACUAGGGCCAUAUGUGUAUAAAGAGUCUCAUACAAAGAAAAACAUAACCUGGAACGACAAUGGAACGGUUACGUUCUACAACGAGCGUUUCUGGCACUACGUCCCGGAAAUGUCGAAUGGAAGCCUGUCUGAUAUGAUCGUCAGCAUAAAUCCUAUCGUCGCGACGGUAGCAUACGUGAUGCGUCACCAGCCAACUAUCCUCAGAGUGCCAGUGGACGUGUUCAUGAGGAUGUACCACGACAAUAUGUUCAUUAGCGCGAAUGUAUCCGAUUGGCUGUUCGAUGGCAUCGAUGACCCGAUAUUGGACAUCGCGCAGCGCUUCCCGGAUCUGCCAAUCACGAUACCGUAUGACAAGUUCGGAUGGUUUUAUACGCGUAACGGGAGUCUAGAGUACGAUGGUAUUUUCUUAAUGAACACGGGCGAGAAUGACUUCUCGCAGCUCGGUAAUUUGGAGAAGUGGAAGUAUUCCAACAGAACAGAGUUCCGGGAUCAGUGCGGGGAUGUGAGGGGGUCGACCGGGGAGCUGUGGGCGCCUGAGCUUGGACAACCCGAGAUUACAAUCUUUGCUCCGGAUAUUUGCACUUACAUGAAUCUCGCUAAAGUCGGCCCGACUAGGAUACAAGGCAUCGACGGAGUGCUGUACGCGGCCAACGAAUCUCUCUUUGAUAAUGGAUACAGGUAUCCCAAUAAGGCGUGCUACUGCGAUGAAGUGAGAGAUGAUAACUGCAUCCAGUCCGGAGCCCUGAACGUGUCGUCGUGUCGGUUCGGAGCGCCGGCAUUCGUGUCGCAGCCGCACUUCCUGAACUCUGACCCGUACUACCCCAAAAAGAUUAAGGGUCUUAGUCCUAAUGAGGACAUGAACUUUCAACUGGCGCUGGAGAUGUACACCGGCAUGCCGCUGCGGGUCGCGGCGCAGCUUCAAAUCAACCUCCUAGUCAGACACAUCCGGGGUUUCAGCCUCAACAACCAGCUGCCGGACGGCGACACGCUGGUGCCCAUGUUCUGGUUCCGCCAGGAGGUGCGCGUGACGGACGAGUACGCGCGCCUGGCGCGGUUCGCGCUCAACCUGCGCAGCGGCCUGCCCUACGGGUUCUACGCCCUCACGGUAAUCGGGGUAUUCCUGCUUGUAGGUGGUAUAUUUAUAUUAAUGAGAAAAUUGCUAAAGACAACUGAUACCUCGCCGAUUCUAGAGUCACCACAUGAAGAAAUACAGUGAUCGAGGCGGUAGAUGUGGAUGAAUUUAUGUCAAUUGUUACCGUAAAUAGUCAUAAGUAAUAUAGUAUCAAAUACUGACCAUUGACCAAGAAGUUUUCUAACUUUGAGGUUUAAUUUGAUUGACAUGAUAUUAUUUUUCUUUAUAAUCAAUCAAAAAUGUUUUUGUUACUUAAUUUUAAACUUUACUGUUAAUAUUUUUAUAUGUAAAAAUAAAGAUUAUAUAAAUAUAUUCAUACUAUAAUGGUGCUAUAUAUUUGCAUAAGAAUAACAAUAAUAAUC